UGUUCGGGGGGUGGGCAGCCAGCAGCUGACAGAGCUCAGAGCCAGACCGCAGACCACCAGAUUCAAGGACAUGGCCCUGGACAGGGUCCCGCAGAGGGUGGGGGUGGUGGGCUACGGCCGCCUCGGACAGUCCCUGGUGUCCCACCUGCUGACUCAGGGACCGGAACUGGGUCUAGAACUUGUUUUUGUCUGGAAUCGUGACCCAGGACGAAUGGCAGGGACCGUGCCCCAGUCCCUGCAGCUCCAGAACCUCGAUACCCUUGGGGAGAGGCACCCUGACCUUGUGGUAGAAGUGGCCCAUCCCAAAAUAAUCCACGAAUCUGGAGCACAGAUUCUGCGCCAUGCCAAUCUCCUGGUGGGGUCCCCCUCAGCCCUGGCCAACCAGGCCACAGAGCAGCAGCUCCUGGAAGCCUCGAACCGCUGGGACCACGCCGUGUUCGUGGCCCGGGGGGCCCUGUGGGGCACUGAGGACAUCAGCAGAUUGGACUCAGCAGGGGGCCUCCAGAGCCUCCGUGUCACUAUGGCCACACAUCCAGAUGGCUUCCGGCUGGAGGGACCCCUGGCUGCGGCGCACCACACUGGGCCUCGCACUGUGCUCUAUGAAGGUCCUGUCCGUGGGCUCUGCCCCUUUGCCCCCCGCAACUCCAACACCAUGGCAGCAGCUGCCCUGGCCGCCCCCAGCCUGGGCUUCGACCGCGUGAUUGGGGUGCUUGUGGCCGAUCUCAGCCUCACAGACAUGCAUGUGGUGGAUGUGGAGGUGAGCGGACCCCCAGGCCCCACCGGACGAAGCUUUGCUGUGCACACCCACAGAGAGAACCCCGCCGAGCCAGGCGCGGUCACCGGCUCUGCCACUGUCACUGCCUUCUGGCGCAGCCUACUGAGAUGUUGCCAGCUCCCUUCCAGGCCGGGAAUCCACCUCUGCUGAGAAGUCUCCCGCCCCCACACCGCCAGAGGACACCCUCCUCUCCUUUACCAGCUCCCCCACCACCACUGUCCUGCUGCUUCCCAGGACUCAGUUUCCCCGGACCUCCCUCCUGUCUCAGUAAAAACUGGAGGCUCUUCUCACUGAA